AAAAGGCUAAAAAUCAAGUCCGAACAUUUUUCAAAUUGGUAUAGAACUCUUCUGAAGUCCUUUUAUAGGAAUGUUCUCAAGUCCUUCCUUACAUAUGCUUGUUAGUUGGUACAGUAUUCCUUGAUUAUGAGACAUACAUCCUCGCAUGUUGCACCUUGUGUCCAAUUGCUCAGCUUGAUUUUGAUACCAAUAGGGAUUCUGAUGACUCAUUUCAAAGCUGGCCUGAGCAUCUGGUGUGGUGGAUACCAAUCCAUACCACAGUCAGCUUUUGUCUGCACCUUGAAACUAAAAAGGUUAUGAACUUAGAUAACUGGUAGUAUAAUGAACGGCAUAUAAACUUGUGAAGAUUAAAAAGUCUUUAAUAUAAGACUAUUCUCAAGUCCACACAUGUAAAGGGAGUCAUAACUAUUGGCCAAUACAUAUUGUUGACAUAUGUUGUAGUUGGGUCACCUAUCCGGGUCUGGAUCCAGAUCUGUAUCUGGAUCCGAUCCAAUGUGUUACUAUUAUGGCCCUACUUAAGUUGUGUAAACCCUAAUUUCGGUGUGUGAAUGCUAAUUAAAGAGAGAGAGUGUCUGGCGGCUAGUGGGCACUAAUCCUCCUCACCCGUGGUUUUUUUUUUUUUACUCUAGUUGAGGGGUUUUCCACGUUACAUCCAUGUGUUCAUCUUUCUAUUUGCUUUUACCGUUUCUACAUGGUAUCAGAGCCCGUGCCUAGUUCAUGGGUUUGACUUGUUGCCACCUGAGUCCAACACCCAGCCUCCAGGAAAAAAAAUUUGCCGACCGUGAAGUUCCGGCCCUGAUCUUUCCAUCGCUUAACGCCCUUCAUCAUCCGGAGCUGGUCCUUCAUCGUCCGACGCUGUUCCGAUAUCCAGCGCCUGCUUACCGGCUCUCCUGACGCCGUCAAUCCUCGACCCUGCUCUCUGUCGAUCUCGACGCCUGGUCUAUCGCCUAGCGUCGCCUCCUGCUCCGUCGAGUGCUGCUCCGCAGAGCUCCUCCCAGCGUCGCCUCCUGCUGCUCCGCCGAGCUCCUCCCAGCGUCGCCUCCUGCUGCGUUGCCUCCUGCUCUGCCUAGCCUUGCAUCGCCUGGACCUGCUCUGGCUGCUGUCUCUCUGGCGGUCUAUGCCAUCCCGUGGAGUCUGCUCCGCUGCCGUCCACUGCUUCCUCGCAUUCUUUGUUACUGCUCCCAGUGGAGUCUGUUGCUGAAUUCCGGCGCUGCUCGUGUUAGUGUUGGUGUCUCCGUCAUGGACAACAGGAUUGCCACCUAGCUCUCUACUGCCACCAGCUCUGCCGCUGCUAGUCUUCUGUCUAACGCCGCCAGUGGUGGUGUCUCCGUCUAGAGUCACCGCCAGUGUUGGUGUCUCCGUUUGCCGUCGGGUGUGUCAUUGCUGAACUGUUCUUUUGGCUAUGCUAGUGGACGUCAUCCCUUGCUUGCUGCAGCUCUUGCACAACUGCUCUUUCCCUUAUUUUUCUUCGCAGUGUUGGUUCGUGAUCAUGGCAGAAUCUUCUUCCUCUACUGUCAAUACGGAUCAUACUGAUGUUGGUGCCACUAGAACUAAAAAUAUUCCAGUUCAAGUUACUAUUAUUCGUCUUACCAAAGAAAACUACAUGCAAUGGUCCGCUGCUAUGACCAUGGGGAUCGCAGGUCGAGGCAGAAUUGCUUAUAUAAAUGGAAGGAAGAUUGAACCGAAUGAGACAAAUGUUGCUUGGAACACAUGGUUUCUUGAGGACAACCAAGUUAAGACUUGGAUUGUCAACUCUGUGUCCCCCGAGAUUCAACCCCUUAUUCUUCGCAAAAGGAUUGCGAGGGAUAUGUGGGUUAUAUUUGAGCAUAUGUAUGGCCAAAAGAAGAGAAUUGUUCGGGUGUAUCAGUUAAUGAAAGAUAUCUAUUCUCUACGGCAAGGUGAACACUCUAUAGCAGAUUUCUAUGCUGCUUUGAAAUCUAAGUGGGAGGACCUUGACUACUACUUUGAUGACACUUGGGAUCGUCCCCAAGAUCAGGUGCAUCAUUUAGCUAAAGAAUGGGAGAUUAGAGUAUUCCUAUUUCUAAUAGGGUUGAAUGAGGACUUGGAAGGCAUAAGGAGUCAAAUCCUUAAUUCUGACAGACUACCUAGUAUUGAAGAGGUUUACUCUCGGGUAGAGGCUGAAGAGCAACGAUGCCUUAUUAUUAUUGGAAAAAAGGGGGAUCGCAUCUCAUACAAUGAGAGGUCUGCCCUUGUUAGCCGUGGUCCUGUAGGAGCUGCUCGACCUCCUUGCAAGUGCACUCACUGCAAGAAGACUGGUCAUAUAGUGGAAUUUUGUUGGGACCUCCAUCCAGAAAAGAAGAAUAGAAGAGGGAAACCUUCCAGUGGGGGGAAAUCUACUUCUGAUGUUGCUAACUCUAGUGGAGAGAAAGCUUAUAUCUCUGCUGAACAAAUUCGUGAUCUUUGUGCUUAUUUGAGUCGGAUUGAUAUUGGUCAGGCCUAAGCAGCAGAUGAUGUAAAAGUCAACCAUGCUCUUGUGGUUUCUAGAGAAAAAGGUAAUUCUUGUAUGGGACAAUGGAUUGUUGACAGUGGUGCCACCCACCACAUGACUGGCAAUCCUAAGCUCUUCCUUGAGUAUAAGCUCUCUUCAGGAAAGGAACGUGUUUCUCUUGCCGAUGGUUUCUUCACCUCUGUGGCGGGAAAAAAGACUCUUUAAACAAUUUUUUAGUGCAUGGUGCCUUACAUGACUUGGUGACUGGGAAGAGGAUUGAGAUUGGUUUGGUGUUUGAAGGCCUAUAUCGACUCCCCAUCCGUGUGGCCACAGCUCUUAUGACAGCAGUUAGCAGGACAAAGAAGAAGAGAGAAGAUUGUCUUCAGUUUUUUUUGUAUUGGCAUGAACGCCUUGGGCAUCUCUCUUUUGGGAUUUUGAAAUAGUUAUUUCCUGAUUUAUGUUCUGGUCUGGACAUAUCUAUGUUAUCGUGUGAUGUUUGUCAGUUUGCUAAACAUGUUAGAGCUUCAUACCCUGUUUCGAACACUCGUGCUAAUGAAGUUUUUUCCUUGAUUCAUUCUGAUGUGUGGGGGCCUUUGGGCAUUAAUACUCGUUGUGACUUUGAAUAUUUUAUAACCUUUAUAGAUGAUUACUCAAGGAGUACCUUUGUUUAUCUGUUAAAAGACCAUAGUAAAGUGCCUCAUGUCAUAGAGACCUUCAUUCUUCAUGUGCAGACCCAGUAUGGUAGUUCUGUUAAGACCUUUCGGUCUGAUAAUGCUCGUGAGUAUGUAUGUCAAGCUGUUGAAGAUUUCUUUCGAAAAAGGGAGAUUGUUCAUGAGACGUCCUGCAGUUAUGCCCCUCCACAAAAUGGAGUAGCUGAGAGGAAAAAUCGUCAGUUACUCAAUGUCACCAGGGCCCUCUUGUUUCAAAGGAAUCUUCCAAAACAAUAUUGGGGUGAUGCAGUUCUCACUAGUGCAUAUCUGAUCAAUCGUAUGCCUAGUCGUGUGCUAAAUGGGCAGACUCCCCACUCUAUGCUUCCAGGGAGUCGUCCACCCUUUCUUCUUCCACCUCGUGUCUUUGGAUGUGUUUGCUUUAUUCAUGAUCACAGUCCUUAUGUUAAAAAACUUGAUCCGAGGUCAAUUAAAGGUGUUUUUGUUGGAUAUUCUCCUACUCAAAAAGGGUAUAAGUGUCUUGAUCCUACCACUGGUCGAGUUUAUGUUACGAAGGAUGUCACCUUUUUGGAACAUGUCUCUUACUUUUGUGAGAAUACUCUUCAGGGGGAGAAGUCUAUGUCAAGGGAAGAGUAUUCUCUGAAUCAGGAAAUUCAAUUUACAGAUUUUUUGGAUUACAAGCAAGAAGAGAGUCCACAGGCUGUUGAAGUGCUUGAACAUGAGAGGAAUGAAGAGUGUUCCACUGGGACGAAAGAGGAAUGUAACCGUUUGUUUGGGCAGGUGUACUCUAGGCGAAGAGUCUGUACAGACAAGGUGAUUGAUGGUGAAAAUUCUGCUCUUAAUCUCAAUCCUACUUCUUCCCUGAAUGCCAUUGAGUUUGCCUAUGCCUGUUUGAACAGCCUCAGCCAACCUCAGACAGCAAAAGAAUCAUCCUAUGCUCCAGAAGAUAGAUUAUUACGAGUCAUACUUGGCAUUCAGGUAUCCACUGCAAAAGAAACUUGUCUAAAGUUUCUAUACACCGGAGCCCUUUCCCUCAUUUAAUCAAUGUUGUUGGUAACUUGUACAGUUCACACCAUUUGGCUCUACCCAUGAAUUAGCCAGUAAUAGGUCUUUUCACAACCCCGUUGAUGACGAGUCUUCGCGAAGCAUCCAUGGCUGAAUGGUUAAAGCGCCCAACUCAUAAUUGGCAAAUUUGGUUUGAUGAAAUAAAAUCAAAAUAAACAAUAAAUAAUGUAAGUUGUACACCUCAUUUUCUUGGGAUUGUAGUUCAAUUGGUCAGAGCACCGCCCUGUCAAGGCGGAAGCUGCGGGUUCGAGCCCGAAAGGAUCUCGGACGACCCACCAAAGCACGAAAGCCAGGAUCUUUCAGAAAAUUGAUUCUUAUUCGAAGAGUGCAUAAAUAUUUUGCUAUUGUAAUCUAAUAAUAGAGAAAGGUGCACGAUCUCAACGAAUUACUUCUGAAUAAAUCAAUAAGUCCUAUGUAAGAACCAUAGCAUUUCGUGACUCGUUGGUAAAUUGGAUUCUCUAUUAACCAAUAAUGUGAGACCAUUUAGUUAACAUGGUUAAAGCUGAACUCUCUAGAGGAGGGGUAUUAUAAAAACCCUUCUAGUUACUUCGUUCCCUAUUUCCACUGACAUGAAUCCUUAGGAAAAGAAUCUUAUUUCUACCGAGCUGAAACAAUAUAUGCCGAUGGCGACCCAAGUCGUGCUCAGAAGAAACCUAUUGAGGAAGACAUUCAGACAAAAACUGUUCAGACAAAAACUAAAAAUGAGCAGCUUCCCAUUACUCUGAGAAAGAGUGUCAGGUCAUGUACUCAACACCCUAUUGGUAACUUUGUGUCAUAUUCUAGACUGAGCACGGAUUACAAAUGUUUUGUAUCAUAUCUUUCGUUGGCUGUGAUUCUUAGGACUGUUACAGAGGCUCAGAGUGAUCCCAAGUGGACUCAUGCUAUGCAAGAAGAGAUGGAAGCCUUGAGCAGAAAUCAGACAUGAGAAGUGGUAGAGAUUCCUGAAGCGGCUCAUCUAGUGGGAUCCAAGUGGGUUUACACUAUUAAGUACAAACCAGAUGAGAAUGUUGAGAGGUACAAAGCUUGCCUGGUUGUCAAGGAGUUUAGUCAGAAAUAUGAGAUUGAUUACUUGGAAACGUUUGCUCUUGUUGCGAAGAUGAAGACUGUUAGAGUUAUUAUUUCUCUAGCAGUGUUGAAGGGGUGGAAGAUGUGGCAACUUGACGUUAAGAAUGUUUUUUUCAACGGAGAUCUUGAAGAAGAGGUCCCCCAGGAUAUGAGAAACUGGAAAAAUGUUAUAAACUGAAAAAGGCUUUGUAUGGGCUCAAGCAAUCUCCCUAAGCAUGGUUUGAACGUCUUAGGCUUGUGAUGAGAAAACAUGGCUACAAUCAAGGAAACAAAGAUCAUACUCUGUUUGUAAAGAAGAUGUUUGUAAAGAAGAAGAAGGGUAAAGUUACCAUUUUGUUAGUCUAUGUUGAUGAUAUGAUUGUUAGAUGAAGAUGAGAUAGCAAGAUUAAAGGGUUUACUGGCUACUGAAUUUGAUCUCAAGGACCUUGGCAAACUAAGAUAUUUUCUUGGUAUUGAAAUUGCUAGUUCAUGUACGACUCUUGUGCUGAAUCAAAGAAAGUAUACUCUGGAUUUACGGAAGGAGACAUGAAAACUAGGGUGUCGACCGGUUUCUACUCCUCUAGAUGUUAGACACAAACUCAGUAUUAAGGAUGGAGAACCUCUUUGUGAAGAAGCUAAGGGGAGCUAUCAACGUCUGGUUGGAAGAUUGAUCUACGUCACUCUGACUAGACUUGAUAUCACUUUUGCCGUAAAUAUGAUGAGUCAGUUCAUGCACGCGCCUACAGAUACUCACUUGAAGGCUUUCGACAGAAUCUUGUGUUACUUGAAGAGGAAUCCUGGCAAGGGGCUUCUAUAUGUGAAACAAGGGCCAAUUGAGAUUAUUCAGACCCAGAUUGGGUAGGCUGUGUUGAUACUAGAAGAUCUACUUCAGGGUACUGCGUUUACUUGGGGGGAUUGUGUAGAGAAGCAAGAGACAAGAUGUUUGUUCCCGCUCAAGUGUAGAGGCUGAGUAUAGGGCUGUUGCUACUGGAGUGUCAGAAUUACUGUGGCUGAGAGUAUUACUGACUGAUAUUGGGAUAGAGAUUGAAGAACCUAUGAAGAUGUACUGUGAUAACAAGUCCGCAAUCAAUUUGGUCAACAACCCUGUGUUACAUGACCAAACAAAACAUGUUAAGAUUGACCGUCACUUCAUCCGGGAGAGAAUUGAUGCCCGAGAGUUGAUUCUACCAUAUAUGAAAUCUGAAGACCAAACUGCUGAUGUUCGGACUAAACCCUCAUCUGUGACUCAAUUUGAGAGAAAUGUAUCCAAGUUGGAUAUGUUUGAUAUGUAUGCCCAACUUGAGGGGGAGCGUUGACAUAUGUUGUAGUUGGGUCACCUAUCCGGGUCUGGAUCCAAAUAUAUCUGGACCCGAUCCAAUGUGUUACUAUUAUGGCUCUACUUAAGCUGUGUAAACCUUAAUUUCGGUGUGUGAAUGAUAAUUAAAGAGAGAGAGUGUCUGGGGGCUAGUGGGUACCAGUCCUCCUCACCUGUGGUUUUUUUUCCCUCUAGUUGAGGGGUUUUCCACGUUACAUUCGUGUGUUCAUCUUUCUAUUUGCUUUUACCGUUUCUACACAUAUUAAAAUGAUAAAAUAUUGGGGCAAACUAUAAAGUAUUAAGGCAAGUCCUCUGAUGGAACGAAGACCAGAACAACUGGAUACAGUCUUGACGUCUUGAACUUGUUUUAAUGAACUGGUUGUGUUUGGGAUGAUACAGGUGUUACUGGGCGCUUACUGUUAUGGUCUUGCCUUAGCAGAAUUUGGAUUGGUUCUAUUUUGAUUCUAGAUCUUAAUUGGAAUUUUAUUCCGGUUCAGAUUCUGCCUUAGAUACUAAAACAAAAUUUGCAUGAAUUCUGAAACUAAAGUCAUGUCUGAAUCCAAUUUUAAGUUGCUGAGCUUGACCAAUCAGAAUCAUAAUAAAAUUGAAUUGAGUAGUCAAUAUGAGUUUUGAAUGAAGAAUGAAGCAUUGCACAAGGCCAGCAAGCAUCAGAGGUUAAUCUCAAUGAGUAAAAGUUUCAAGCCUUUGAUUACUGUGCCUGAGGCAGGGUGGGGAACAGGUCAUAUGGUGAGAGUCUUACUUGGCAGUCAUGGCUUGUUUUAUGUGACUACCAGCCACAUAUUUUAGGACGUUAUUCAAAUGUCAAAUCUAAAUGUGGUUAAGUAAAACAAAUUACGUAAGAAAGAAAGCAUAAACACGUAUUUGUUUGCAUGCCAGUUUAAUCUCUCCUUUUUCCAACCCAAAUCAUAAAAGAUGAUGAGAGCUCUCUUUUAGUAUUAAACUCCUCAUUUUUGGCAGUUCUUAUGAGUUAUUGAACAGAACCAACCGUCUAACCCCCUUCCCAAUCCGUUGGAAACAUAAGGAUUCUCGUACCAAAGCUGAUAUUCUUAUUUCAUGAGCAAUGUAAUUUAUACAUUUAACAAAAGAAAGGCAUGAAAAAGAAACAACAGAACACUUUUCUCCUUUUUCUGGUUAAGGACAUAUCUUCUAACUCACUAAAUGCACUACAAGAAGGCAGGAUUGUGGAUUGUCGGUUGCACCAAUAUCAGAUUACAACUCAGUUCAACUUAAUAAUUGACAUAGCAUAUGCUCCAUUUCUUUUUACACAUUUGAAUAAGAUAAGAUGGUCUUGCACAUGUAUAUGUGUGUUGGUGUGCUUGUGUGUGCGUUGAAAGUCCUGGAAAAGACCUUACCAAGAAUGAAGAGGGUGAUUAGCCACACACACAUACACGUAGACAUUACUUUGUUCAUGUAUUUGAGUAGUUGAUUUCUUUAUCAGUCUGAUAAAACAGAGGCCAUGAGCUUAAACGUUUCCAUCUGUGCCAUAUGGAAAUCGAAAGUCAGUGUAUUGCAUAAGGGCCACACAAGUUUGGGCAAAAGAUAAAAUAUUGAUCCUCUGGGCACAAACUCUGAAAUGGAGAUCAAGCUUGCAUGACAUGAAUAGGCCCCUCUUGUUGCACUUUGGUUAAACUGUAGCACUGCACUAGGGCAAUCCCUUGACCGAGUGCUACUUCUUGAAUGAUGGUGUCUGUGUUCCCCACAAGCAUAAGAAACUUAGUUUCAAGUGUUGACAGGAAAGUCGCAAGUCUUUAUCGUUCAAUAUUUUCAUUGUAAGACAACAAAUUUAUCCAUUCAUUCUACAUCGCCUCACAAUGACUAAAAGCUGCCAUAAGCAUUCUAACUAACAUGGAUUAAGUCCCGGUCUUUCUGUUUUAGCCUCAUCUGAGGUGAUCUCUCUCUGUCUCUCUCUCUUAUAUUUCUUCGUCGGCUAAAACCCAAGUGUUUUUUUU